AAUUUGACAUAUUUCUAAUCUUAUGUCAAAGCAUGUGAUGACGCAAAAGUGGCUGUAUUGUAUUGAUAUUUCUUUAUUUUGCGUUGUUUAGUUGAUUAACAAAGUGUUUCAGAUGAUUGGCGUUGUUAUACAAGACUAUUUACAAUUGCUCUGAUAUUUAAAGCUUUUGUAAACUGCUGUCAGUUUUUCCACCAUGGGACGUUUCAUAUUUAUCAUUAGUUUUAUGUACAUUUACAAAAGUGUUUGGUGCUCCCUUGACGUGUCACUUGUAAAUGAUGGUCCAGCCGUUCGUGGGUCGAAUAUAACAUUCACUGCAAGAGUAAAGGGUUAUGGUGGAGAAAAUCUAAAAUAUGUAUUUAGUGAUGAUGUGCAACCUCAACAUGAACAAGAGUUCCAAUUAUCAACAAAUGAGUCAAAAUGGACAGUGGAGUACCCUAAAGAGUUAUAUGAGGCAGGAGAAUAUGUUAUGAGAGUUAAGCUGAUGAAGAGUUUCUAUGGUAUUUGGUAUUUUGUUACAUCAGCAAGCUCCACUUUCAGGUUGACAGAUUCCCUAAAUGGUAAUUUAGUGCUAAAUCAGGAUAAUCUUGAGCGCCCUAAUAAUUUUGUGGCUGUCAACAAAACUGUAAUGCAUUAUAUAAAAUUACCAGAUAAUGAAAUGGAGUAUUUAAAAAAUAAUGCUUCUACAAUUAUAACUUAUUGGUUCAUAGAUUGUAUUUAUAUAGAUCAAACUACUGAUCUAUCUUUGAAUUACACAUACCAUGAUUUAAUGGCUGAUCACUAUAUUGAUGCAUUGGUGGUGGCAAACAAUUUACCAUUGCCUCCAGUGACGACAACAACCACAACCACCACAACAACCACCACCACAACAACAACAACCACAACCACGACCACAACAACUACAACACCCAAACCACCAACAACAAUUACUAUACCAAGUACUACUAUUAAACCAUUACAAUCAGAAACAACUGAAAGUGUUCCAAUCCAUAAUAUGGUAAAACGAAUGAUCUCCAAUCAAACAACUAGGAAGAGGAAUAAUUCAACAAAAGAUUACAUCUGUCACAACUCCAGUAUUGUCCCUAUUGGAAAAUCAUACACAUAUGGUCACUAUCAAGAAACUAUAAGUGUAAGAGAACCUAUAUCAACUGUUAAUAUAACUGGACUGAAUUGGCUACAACAUGGCGACUUACUUAACCUACAAGUGAAGUACACAGGUUCCCCACCUUUUGCGUUCUGUGCUUUAUACAAGGAAGGGCAAUAUAAUGUUACUGGAAAUGAGACAUGCGUUUAUAAAUCAUCAACUCUAUCGAACGCAUUCCCUCUGGUCCAUUACUUCUCGGAUUGUGAUCAGCAUACAGUUGUUGUUGUUGUCGAGAAUGAUAUGGGCAAGACAGUUUCGAGGGCUACAAUCAAUAUUUAUAAAGCUACUGUUCACUCCCAAUUAUCGGUAAUAGUUGUGCCAGUGGUAUUCUGCCUGGUAGCUGUUAUUUUGGUUGUUUUCGGUAUCGCCUACUACCAACAUCGAUCAAGGUAUACAAUAGAAGUGGCCGAUUUCGAAUUCGGCCAACAAGCUCACUUAGAUUAUAAAACGUUCACUGAGAGACUUAGAGAUAGCUUUAGGAAUGCAUUCGACUUCCGGCAAAGAGACGACAAUGACCCGCUCACUUCUGACACCAGAUACGACUCCAUGUCCUAAGGUAUUGAACGAAUGAAUGAUAUUGAAUGAUAUAUUUAGUGAGUGAAAUGAAUGAGUAAUUAAUUAUUAUAAUCCGAUGCAUUCAAAUCGAUUUAUAGCUUUAAUAAAAUUCAAUUAAUUUGGAGUAUUAAUUGAAAAUUGUUAGAAUUUUUUCAAAAAUACUUAUAUUCUAAGGUGUUCGAUAAUUGUAAAAUUUCCCAGUAAAAUUGAUCGUUCUAAAUUAGGUUUUAGUUUUUCAGAUUUUGUUCUUAAUUGUAAUGUAACAUUUUGCACGAGAUUUAAAUAUUUUGUCUAGAACGAAGAAAAAAACAUAGUAUAAAAUGACCUUACUUUUUCGUUAAGCGUAUUUUAAGUCUGUCAUUAUUUUUGUGUACUUGCUGUUUUAUUAUUAUUUUUAGGAUUCGUUAUAUUAUUACUUCAUCAAAUGUCUAGAAAUUAUUGCAUUGAAAUAAUCUAUGGUCGAUUCGUAUUAAGAGGUUUUUAUUUGAAAUAAUUUAACUUGGGAUCACUGUUGUAAAAUUUCAUUUUAAGUCAUUCCUAUUUGUGUGUUUUGAAUGAAAUGUUUUGUAUGUAUAUUGUAGAUAUUUGUGGACGUAUGUAAAAUAAAAGGGAAAAUAAAAAUUGGACAAUUUGUAAAUGAAAUACAAAAUUGUUUCGAAAAUAAUAUUUUCCAUGGGCUUUUUUUACGGACACUUAUCGUUCGUAUAUUUUUACUAACGCCCACUUUGUAAUUCCCCAAUGUCAAAUGUUUAAUAAUUAUUAAUAUGAUAAGUACGUUAUGAGAGCAGUUACUGAAUACUGCGCAAUAGUUCAUGAAGAGGAAAAUUAAUUCUACACAGAUAGUAUCACUUAUUGCUUGUUCAUUUUUAAUUCGCGGACAUGUAAACACUCUCUACAAUAUGUUUUAAAUUUCCAAUCCGUGUCCGUAAGUAAAUAUAAAUAUAUACCCAUAUGAAACGGGAAUAACGUCAGUAGAAUCGUACGUAACGCGAGUAACGAUGUUGAACGAAAUGACGUCAGCAAAGUCGUGAACGGAUUGAAUGACAAUAUGAAAUAAUCAUUCGGUGACAUUUUGCAAGCUGCAUUCUCAUGGAUUGUGAUAAUUAUGUACUUGUCCUAUAAUAUAGUAUUUUUAGUGCUUUAAAUUUAUAUGAUAUGGGCUAAUAAAUAUAUAUAGAGUUACUUAUAUCCCUAAUGUUAUCCUUAAUCCUUAAAUAUUGCCAAAGCUGAAAGUCCAAUUAUAACGCAUUUUAUUUCAUUGUAUUAUAUUUUUUUAAU